AUGGCAUCCAACAUAUCAUUUCAGGGUGUGAACACUGGGAAUCAAUUUGGGAAUAACAGUGGCCAUGCGAAUAUUACGCAGAUAUUCAACUCAGGACCACCAUUCACUGACGGCUGUCUACGGGAUCUUCGGACUACAAAUCCCCACGAUGACAAAGAUCGCAUUCAAAACACCAACGGAGGUCUGCUCAAAGACUCAUACCGCUGGAUUCUGGACAACAGGGAGUUCAAACAAUGGAAAAGCGACGAAAACAAUGACAACCGUCUGCUCUGGAUCAGAGGAGACCCCGGCAAGGGCAAGACAAUGCUUCUAUGUGGUAUCAUCGAUGAGCUAAGCUCGACUGUGGAGACUGCAAACGUUUCGUCCUUCUUCUGCCAGGCUACCGAUCCGCGAAUCAACAAUGCCACAGCUGUUCUACGUGGCUUGAUAUAUUCGCUUGUUGAGAAGCAGCCAUCUCUUCUCCACCAUGUGCAGGUUCAGUAUAGUCAAGCGGAGAAAGAAGUGUUUCAUGAUAGAAACGCAGGGCAUGCUCUCUCGAGGAUCUUUUCGAAUAUUCUGAAAGAUUCAACAAUGCAGAGCACUUAUCUGGUUGUUGACGCCCUGGACGAAUGCACACAAGAUCACCCUUUUCUUCUGGACUUCAUUAUCAAGGAGUCAUCUGCCUACCCGCAGGUGAGAUGGCUGGUCUCAAGUCGCAACUGGCGUGACAUUGAAGAGCGUCUUCAUGCUGCAGCCCAUACGGCCCCGAUCUCGUUAGAACUCAAUGAGGUAUCCGUAUCCGAGGCUGUUCGCAAGUUCAUUCAAUAUAGGAUGCACCAAUUAGUGGAGGUCAAGAAGUACAACAAUUUGACCCGCGACGCGAUUUCAGAUCACUUACUCGCAAACGCGCAUGGUACCUUCCUUUGGGUAGCCUUGGCCCGCCAAGAGCUCACCAGGACCCCACGAUGGCAGGCUCUCCAGAAGCUAGCAGCUUUCCCUCCAAGACUUAACGCUUUAUACGGUCGGAUGAUUGAUCAAAUCCGCAAUUCGGAAGGUGCAGAGCUUUAUAAACGCAUACUGGCAGUCAUGUCAACGGUUUAUCGACCUACAACGCUAGAUGAGCUGCAAUCUUGCAUGGAUAUGCCUGACGUCAUUUAUGACUACGAAGAUGUAUCGGAGGUUAUAGCCUUCUGUGGCUCAUUUCCAAAUGUUCGCAACAAUACCAUCAAUUUUGUCCAUCAGUCUGCAAAGGACUUCUUGAAAAUGAGCAAGUCACAAGACCUGAUUAAACGCGUUGGUGAUGUUUUACGAUUUAUCCGAUACUUCAAAACUGCGAUCGAAAAUGCUCCUUUACAGGUGUACAUUUCAGCUUUGGUAUUCAGCCCUACCCAGAGCAUGACCAGGGUUUGUUUCCGAACGGUAUCACCAGAAUGGGUGAUCAUGAAGUCUGCACCCGAAGAUUAUUGGCAUCCAUGUCUCCAAACUCUCGAGGGGUACAACACUUGUGUUGUCUGGUCUCAUGCUCGCAAUCAGCUCGCAUCUGCAUCUCCUGAUGGAACAAUCAACAUCUGGGACCCGAAUACUGGCCAACGUAUCUCCAGUCUAAAGGGACAUAGCGAUAAUGGAGCUCGACUUGCGUCACUGGGAUACGGUGGAACAAUCAAAAUAUGGGACCCGGAUACUCAACAAUGUGUCUUGACUCGGAAGGAAAUCAAGCAUUCUAUCAGGUGUUUUGCCUGGUCAUAUGAUGGAAUUCGAAUCGCACUAGCGCUUGAGCGGGGCAACGUUAAAAUAUGGGACCUGAAAACUGACCACACUGACCAUUAUAUGUCGAUUAUUGGCCAUGAUCGUUCAGAAUGGGCGUCUAUUGCAUGGUCCCCUGAUGGGAGUCUGCUUGCAUCAAGGUUGUCAGAUUCUACUGUUAGGAUCUGGAACCCGGUCACAUCACAAUGCAUAUCAACACUUGGGAGAGCCGGCAAUCCCGGCCUCUUUCAUUCCUACUCCGUUGAAUGGUCAUAUGAUGGGUCUCGCCUCGCAAUGGCAUACUCGGGUUUCGUUGAGAUAUGGAACCCACGAAAUGGUCAACGAAUCGCGAAUUUGGACGGCGGAUCCACGUCUCUUCGACUCCAAUGGAAAAUACCUAUUGCUUGGUUGAACGAUGCAACUAGGCUCGCGUCGUCAUUAUCUACACCGAAUGUCAUGAUUUGGAAUCCUACCACGGGCGAACGCACAUCGAUACUUCGAGGACAUAGCCGUCUUGUCUCAGCUAUUGCCUGGUCGCACGAUGGAAUUCGGCUUGCAUCGGGAUCGGAGGAUUGUACUAUAAGGAUUUGGAACCCGGUCACCGCACAGUGUAUUUCAAUCCUUAGGGGCCAUUUCGGAGAUACCUUCGCCCUAUUCUGGUCCAAAAAUGGGUCCCAGAUUAUCUCGGGGUCAGAUGAUGGAGCCAUCAAGAUUUGGGACCCUUCUACCGACCGCAAUACAUCGACACCUGAUGGACACACUGAUCGAAGGUCUAUCGCUUGGUCUUGUGACGGGCAAAAACUUGCAUCUGUGUCUAAUGACUUGACAGUCAAGAUCUGGGACAAGUACACUGGCAAAUGUACCUCGACUCUCGAGGGACAUGAAGCAUGCCCUAUACACAUUGCCUGGUCGCGCCAUUCAACUUGGCUUCUAUCCACAUCUCUUGGCAAUCUUAGGGUGUGGGACACCGUGACCGGACAAUGUAUAUCCAUUCUGCGACACACCCACGAUAUUGAUUUGUGUGUUUGGUCAGACGAAGGGACCCUCAUCGCGUCAAGCUCAUAUGAUGGGACUUUUUCGACCAUUAUUAUUUGGAAUCAAUUCACCGAACAGAUUUUAUGUGUAUUCAAGCCACCACAUGAUGCUCCAGUUCACGCACUUGCUUGGUCCCACAAUGGGACCAUGCUUGCGUCGGCGUCAAACGGAGAUGAAGAUAGACAGCGCUUUUUAGGAAGAAAAAUCCACAUUUGGAAGCCAUCAACCGGAGAGAUUGUAUGGUCUUAUUGUCAUACUUUCAGAUUGUCUGUUAUCUCCUGGUCAUAUGAUGACACACGGCUCGUAGCAGGGGGGCGGGACAUCAUGAUCUUCGAUCUAACUAAUGAUAGCUUUUCCACCAUCGAAGAAGGUCACGGAAAGACAAUUUCGUAUAUUACCUGGUCUCGCGAUGGAAGCAAGAUUGCAUAUUUGUCAUCAGACAUGACAGUCUAUAUCUGGUACCUUGAUGGCACCGGUCCGAUCAAACAAACUCACAUUGAGCAUGUUGGGCUAUAUGGCUUCGUUCGAUUCGAUGAAGUCGAUUCGAAUAUCUUACAUACAGCGAUUGGUACACUGAAACUCCAGCCCUACAACCCUGACCCAUGGAUUUCUCCAAUGCCGAAGUGGGUGGGAUAUGGCUUGAAGCAUGACAGCUGCUGGAUAACAUUUGAAGGAAAAGAUCUUUUGUGGCUACCCCCCAGUACCGGCCAGUGUACUCAUCUUUAA